AAACAUGAAUAAAUAGUUUUGGCUUGAGAAUCAACGAUUCAGUUUAUGUGUAUCCAUGGAAGAACUAUUCAACAAUAACAAAUCACAUAAACUGUGAUUUUUGUCUCUGGUGUGUUAGUAAUUGUAAAUCUUAUCUGACAACGUGUGGAACCGUAUCCUAACUUACGUUGUGACUUCAAGAUCUCUAGAGAAUGUUGCACAGGCUUUGUGAAGUCAUCCCUUAGUUUUUGCAUUUUUCUUCUGCUGUCAAGCUAAGAUGUCUCUGGCUUCUAAUAGAUCUGUGAAGACAUAGAAUGUGAUUGGAAUGGAAGCUCGGAGAAGGAGUCCCUGAUUGGCCGAAAGACUGGGCGGGUGCACAUACCAAACGAAUCGAUCCUGUCUCAAAUGAUGCAGGCAGAGGAUAGGAAGAAAAGGAGUUUCAGCAAGGGCGUGGCGGAGGAAUAUUGUCUAAGAGAGCGACCAAACGAGGACACCGUAAAAAUGAAGAACAAAGUGACAAGCACACAAGCAGUGAGGGGUAAGAAGAAGGCAUGGUCGUGGGAUCAAUACCUGGGAGAGAAGAAGGUCAUAGCAGCUCCCCUAAGACUCUUCACUGAGGCCCAGUCGUUCCCCCUUAGCAGAAAUGGUUUCAAGGCGGGGAUGAGGCUGGAGGGGAUCGACCCUCUGCACCCCUCUAUGUUCUGCAUCCUGUCCGUGGCAGAGGUGAUUGGUUACCGACUACGUCUCCACAUCGACAGCUACUCAGAAUGCUAUGACUUCUGGGUAAACGCAGACUCUCCGGAUAUCAGGCCAGCCGGAUGGUGCGAGUCGACAGGACACCAGCUCCACCCACCAAAAGGCUACAAUGAAAGCGAGUUUAACUGGGAGAAAUACCAAGAGGCUUGCAAUGCUGAAGCUGCACCAAAGAAUCUGUUUAAAUCCCAAAAUGGUACUACGAGCACCUCUAAGUUUCAGGUGGGCAUGAAACUGGAGGCAGUGGACAGAAAGAAUCCAUGCCUGGUGUGUGUGGCCUCGGUGGCCGACAUCGUGGACAAUCACUUCCUGGUUCACUUUGACAACUGGGACGACACCUACGACUACUGGUGUGACGCCAGCAGCCCUCACAUCCACCCAGUGGGCUGGUGCCAGGACCACGGAAGACCUCUCACUGCACCUCAGGGACACCCCAAUCCAGAACAUUUCCUGUGGGAGGAGUACUUACAAGACAACGGUUCCACGGCGGUUCCAAGCCAGGCUUUCUGUAUGAGAGCGCCUCACAGUUUCCAGGUGAACAUGAAGCUGGAGGCGGUGGACAGGAGGAACCCCAUGCUGGUCCGCGUGGCCACCGUCUCAGACACUGAGGACUACAGGAUCAAGAUCCAUUUUGACGGCUGGCAUGAGAAGUUUGACUUCUGGGUGGACUCUGACCUGCCGGACCUUCACCCUGUGGGCUGGUGUGCCCGGACAGGUCAUCCCCUGGAACCCCCCCUCUCACACGCAGGACCUUCUGACCUUAAGAGCUCCGUGACCCAGGGAGUGUGCCCCACUCCGGGCUGCAGGGGUGUGGGCCACAUCAAAGGAGCCAAAUACACAGGACACCACAGUGCCUUCGGCUGUCCCUACUCCGACAUCAACACGAAGAAGGAGGCCGUGCUGCCUGACCGGCUGGGCGGCGAAAAGCAGAUCACUUUUGUCCCUGUGCACUUUGUCCAGAAGACCAAGAGGCUGUGCACUGCCGACGAACAGAAGGAAGCCACGCCCCAGGACACUCCCAUGGAAACCAGGGCUAUGUUGUCAGGGUAUGAGGAGGCUGGUCGUCUGAGAGGUCGACCCCCAGCCAACCCCCUGGUGAAGAGAGAGCCAAGGGAGGAACCAGCCACAGCUCAGGGACAGAAGCUCCUCACUCUGGGGAAAAGAGGCCUACCCAGCAGGCUCUCCCAGUCAACAAAAUAUCUGCGAGUCAAAGAGGAGGAGGAAGAGAUUGACUUGAAUAGCAUGAUCACAGAGCACAGCGUGGACAGCCUGCAGCAGGCCCUCCACCAGUCGGUGUUCCUGUCGGCAAUGUCGGCCCACCCUGGCCGGGACCUGCCCCUAUGCUGGGAGCAGCACUGCAAGCUGCUGCCUGGAGUGGCCGGAGUACAGGCCAGCCGUGUGGCCCACUGGACCGUGGACGAGGUGGCUGACUUUAUCCACUCUCUUCACGGCUGUGAUGAACAAGCCAAGCAGUUCAAAGAGGAGCAAAUUGACGGGAAAGCCUUCUUGCUGCUGACCCAGCGCGACAUCGUCAAGAUCAUGAGCGUGAAACUCGGUCCUGCCCUCAAGAUAUACAACUCCAUCCUGAUGUUCAAGCACGCUGAGGACAACCAAUCGGCAGCUGGCAACGCCAACACAUGAAGCAUCGGAAGCCACACCCACCAGGCCCACCCUAUGUGUCUGUCAAACACAUAGAUUUACUGUAUGGAUUCAUUCCAAAAUCCCUGACCCCUGACUCCUGCUCCUUCACCUUGGCCUACAGGCACUUUAGUUAAAGGACUUGAACUUCAACUAAAGCCGCUACAUGAUCUGUCCAGACCGAUGGACUUUCAGGUUUGUGUGUGUGCAUGUGCGUGCGUGUGUGUGCGUGUGUGUGUCUUCUUCCUUGGACACAGCCUCUAAUUCUGCCUUUAAUACUCAAAUGUAGGUGUCAUGAAGGUCAACUCAACAAAACCCGCAUUUACAGCUACACAGCACAGUUUUCUAUGUCUUUUACGCUGUAGCUUCUCCAUGCUCUACUUUUCUCCUUCAGGAUCAAAGAAGUGACAAUCACCAUCAACAGUACAAAGCCGUGUACUACAUCAUGACAAACUGUGCUUUUCUGGGUCAUCACGGUGCUAUGUGUAUUCCGAUUACAGUCUACAUCACAGUACGGGGGUUGACCUCUGGUACUACCAGCUUACGAUCUCUGUCUAUCGACUCAAACAGGGAUACAUAUUCCAAACGUCUCUGCCAUUUUGAUUUGUUUUGAUUCUAUUUUGUAUAAAUGUUAUGUCACUACCUAUAUCAACUCGCCUAUAUUUAUUGUGAAAAAUAUCUUGGUGUUUGCAUAGUUGAAGGAAAUUAAUAUAUUAUAUAUGAGGAAAUUGUUUUAAAUUUAAUUUGAUAAUAUAUUGCACAUUAGAAGAACGAAAAAUAACUUUACUUACGUUUUGGAAAAUGUAAAACCAUGGGAUAACUUUGAGCUGAAGAUAGUCUAAAUAAGUGUCAUUUAUGUUAUAAUGUUAAGGUAGUUAAGAUAUCUUAAGUUGUCUUACUUUCUGUGGUACUGCAGCUCGAGACAAUAGCCAUGUACGUUUAUCAUUAUUUACCUUUUGAUCCAUACUCGUUGAAAAGGACCAAUAUUGUAUUUUCUGUUCUAAUUAAUUUUCAUUUUUGCUCUCCUUUUUACCAUUGGGGUAAGUUUUCUCACAGUCCUGAUAGGUUGAAGUUGUUUUCUUAUUAUCAAAGAACAGCAUACUUGAUCUUCUGCACAAUUAAGAGUUUAAUGGUAUAUUUUGCUAUAACUUGGAACUCAAGCUAUAUGUUGAAACAACUGUGCUAUAUCAUUUGUUCUCUAGUCUUAAUAUGAAUGUUGCUACUAAAUUUCAACAGAACUCCAUGAAACUUCAGGAAUAUGAAGAAACCGUUUACUGUACUUUCUGCUUUUUUCCUAUAGGGACUUUCUCUAUCCCAAAUGUCAAGCAUCCGGAAACGUAUAUUUUAUUCUGAUGCUGCUUGUCUUUCUCAAUGCUGUAACGCGCAAGACUGCUGUUUAGUGCAUGGACAAUAGUGCUACAUCUUGGUACAACCUCCAAUAUGGAGUUAGAUAUCUGCCCUUAACAUAUUCUACACGUAUUUAGGUGACUCACAAUCUAUUUUGGCGGAUAUCUACCUCCAUAUAUCGACCACUUAUCUAUGAAAAUGACAACUAAUUGAACCAUAAAGAUGUGUUGUACAUAUUUGUAAACCCUGUUUCUUACACUGAAUUUACACUUUGUGCACACUUAAUGGAUUCAGAUCACAUGACUUCACAAUCCAAAUAAACAGUGCAAAGUCCCUGCCGUCUCCACACUCCGUUUUAGUUCUCCUCAAGACAGUUUUGCAUUAUUUAUUGUUUAUUUGACUACUACAGUGCGAAGGCUGCACACCCAUUUCCAACUUCCAAGGUCCCCCUUGACAUUAUGUACAAAAAUGGAAAUUAAUGGACUGUGGCUGGGAUUUAUUCAACUGCAGAUAGUGGUCUUCCGGAUGGCACUUUCUAUUUGAUUUGCACAGCAGCGUGUUUCAGAUGGUUAAUUUAGAUACUGGCAGUCCUGUGGUGUGACACAUUCAGUUCUGACUGCAAACCAGUCAUCCACUGCUGCAAAACCAGACUGACAAUUUCAGGGACACACUGCUUUGAAAAUCAAACACACUUUGCAGUCCCAUUUCUCUCCGUGACCACCCUGGAAGGGACAGAAGGUCAACACGACAUUGACCCUGCAUACUCUACUCUACUCAUAACCAGGAUCACUGAAAUACAUCUCAGUCCUGUACUAUACAUGGAAGCAGCAGAACUGAUGAUGCGAGACCAAGAUACUUCAUACAUUAUUCAAACUAAAUUUUAAGAAAACAAUAUGCUUGUUCAGUAUCCCAGAACUAUGCCUCCAGGACAUAUGAAUACCUAUUAUGAAUAUAUUGAAUUGAAUAAAAUAGAUUGGAUAUUUCUAUACUUACAUGAAAACACACUGACUGAAAAAAAUAGAAAGCACAUGAACAUGGCUGGUAUAGAGUGUUUUGAUGUAACCCCAAGGGCAUUUGACCCCAGGAGAGUAUGGUGGCUCAUCCCACGUCAUAUGCAGGCUUUAUCCUCUGUAGCCCUAAAAUUCAACUUGGGACCUUGAAGCCAGUUCCACUGCAUUUUUUUCAUUGUUGCCCUCUAAUCAGGGACUGAUUUUGACCUGGGACACCAGGUGUGUGCAAUUAAUGAUCAGGUAGAACAGAACCAGCAGGCUCCGCACCUCAGAAGGUAAGAGUUGAAUACCUGAUACUCUAUAGUAGCAGUCUUAUUUAAUGUUCUUUCUCUUGGUGUAGUGUGUGCAGUAAGCCUAUGUAUCAAAGCUAUAUUCAUGUUAUCCUCUUAUAGAAAUUGUAGGUGGUUGUCUCCUGGAGCCCUUGGACCCAAGCUCGUUUAUAUAAAAAUAGAUAUACAACAACAACAAAAUAUAUACACAGUGCCUUGUAAAAGUAUUCAGACCCCUUGAAAAGGUUCACAUUUUGUGUUACAAAGUAGGAUUAAAAUAGAUUGAGUUGUCUUUUUUCUAUCGACAAUCUACACAUAAUAUUCUGUCAUGUCAAAGUGGAAGACAAAUUCAAAAAAUGAAAUAACUAAAAUACAGUCGUUGCAUAAGUAUUCAACUCCCUCAGUCAAUGCAUGUUAAAAACACCUUUCCCAUUGAUUACAGCUGUGAGUCUUCUUGGGUAAGUCUACUGUUUAAGAGAUUUCACAACUGUAUUAUGCAAUAUUUGCUCAUUAUUAUUUUUUAAAUUCUUUAAGCUCUAUCAAGAUGUUGGGGAUCUGAGCUAAACAACAACUCAUGUCUUGCCAUAGAUUUUCAUGCAGAUUUAAUUCAAAACUGUAACUUGGCCACUCAGGGACAUUCUUCUUGGUAAGCAUCUCCAGUGUGGAUUUGGCCUUGUCUUGUAGAUUAUUGUUCUGCUGAAAGGUGAAUUACUCUUACAGUCUCUGGUGUAAAGCAGACUGAAACAAGUUUUCCUCUAGGAUUUUGCCUGUGCUUAGCUCCAUCCCGUUUCUUUUUAUCCUGAAAAAAAAACAGUAUUUGCCAAUGUCAAGCAUACCCAUACCAUGAUGCAGCCACCACCAUGCUUGAAAAUAAGGAAGCAGUUACUCAGUGUUGUUGUGUUGGAUUUGCCCCGAACAUAGGCUUUGCAUUUAGGUCACAAAGUGUAUUCCUUUGCUGUGUUUUUUUUCUUCUUCAGUAUUACAUUAGUGCCUUGUUGCAAACAAGAUGCAUGUUUUGGAAUAUUUUCUAUUCUGUAUACAUGUAUUUUUCUUUUCUGUCUGUAAUUUAGGUCAUUAUUGUGGCGUCACGACAAUGUUGAUCCAUCCUCCGUUUUCUGCCAUCACAGCCAUUGAACUCUGUAGAUGUAUUAAAAUCAUGGUAACAUC